UAGGGUACACUUGCCUCUUUUCGUGUCAAACUUCAAUCAUGGCGGUGGGUAAAAACAAGGGUCUUUCAAAAGGAGGUAAAAAGGGUGUUAAAAAGAAGAUUGUUGAUCCCUUCACACGUAAAGACUGGUACGAUGUUAAAGCACCAUCUAUGUUUACCAACCGUCAUGUCGGCAAAACAUUGGUCAACAGAACCCAGGGAACAAAGAUUGCUUCUGAAGGUUUGAAAUACAGAGUAUUUGAAGUCUCUUUAGCAGAUUUACAAAAUGAUGGAGAUGCAGAAAGAUCUUUUCGUAAAUUUAGGCUGAUUGCUGAAGAUGUUCAACAUCGUAAUGUACUGACUAACUUCCAUGGCAUGGACUUAACAACGGAUAAAUUGAGGUCCAUGGUUAAGAAAUGGCAAACUUUAAUAGAAGCUAAUGUUGAUGUAAAAACUACUGAUGGCUAUCUUCUCAGAGUUUUUUGCAUUGGUUUCACCAACAAAGAUCAACUGAGCACAAGAAAAACAUGUUACGCUCAACAUGCACAGGUCAAAAAAAUUAGACAGAAGAUGGUAGAUACGAUUACGAAUGACGUUACAAAAAGUGAUUUGAAAGGUGUGGUUAGUAAACUCUUACCGGAUGCUACCGCUAAAGAUAUUGAAAAAGCCUCACAAGGCAUUUAUCCACUACAUGAUGUUUAUAUCCGCAAAGUUAAAGUAUUAAAGAAGCCACGUUUCGAAUUGAGCAAACUAUUAGAACUUCACGGCGACGGUGUGGGAAGCAAGAGCGAAGAAGUGGGUGAAAGUGGUUCAAAGGUUGAUAGACCAGAAGGCUAUGAACCACCUGUACAGGAAUCUGUUUAAAGGAGGUAUUUCCUUUAUUUGUGAUUCUUUAAAAUUUGAUAUAAAUAAAACGCAAAUU